AUCAAUUUGUCGUUUCAAUGAAAGGUGCGUAACAGCAGGGCGUGUCAAGUGUACAGUAGUAUAAACUCCAGGCUGAAGCUUGUGUUCCAGACAGUCGGGUAGGGAGAAGGCACAUUAUAGCACCUAAAUUAUCGUGAACAACAUAUUGACUCUAAGCCACACCAUGGAAUCUUUGGCAUCUGCAAAUGCGCAUUUCUCCCUUGAACUUUUCAAGAAGAUCUCAGAGAGCAACAAGACGGGCAAUGUAUUCUACUCCCCUCUGAGCAUCUCUUCAGCCCUGGCCAUGGUCUGCCUUGGGGCCAAGGGCAACACUGAGGCCCAGAUGCACAAGGUGCUGAGCUUUGUGAUGCCCCUGAAGCCGCUGCAGGGCAAAAAAGCGGUUUGUACCAAAGGUCAAGGUCAAGGUCGCGCAAUGGCCCAACAGCAAGUCCAGGUGCACCAGCUGCCCGCUGCAGUGAUGAAGUCCCUGAACCUUCACAAAGCUGGAGGUGACGUCCAUGUUGGCUUUAGUAAGCUCUUUGCUGAACUAAACCAAGAGGGUGCCCCCUAUGCCCUGAGUCUGGCCAAUCGCCUCUACGGGGAGCAGUCCUACGAGUUUGUGGAGAAAUACCUUGCUGACACAAAGACACACUACCUUGCUGAGCUGGAGGCUGUUGACUUCCGUAAAAAUGCAGAGGCAGCUCGAGCGAACAUCAACACAUGGGUGGAGAAAAAGACACAGGACAAAAUCAAGGACCUCUUGGCCCCAGGGGUUCUGGAUGAGGACACCAGACUGGUGCUGGUCAAUGCAAUCUACUUCAAAGGCAACUGGGACAAGCAGUUCAAAAGCACUCAAACAAAAGAAGUUCAAUUUAAGCUCAAUAAGAAUGAGAGCAAGCCUGUUCAAAUGAUGCAUCAGAAGGCGAAGUUCCCCUUCACCUACAUCCCUGACGUCAAUUGCCAGAUUCUAGAGCUGCCCUACGUGGGUAAAGAUCUGAGCAUGCUCAUUAUGCUGCCUAAUGAGAUGGAGGACAACACCACUGGACUAGAGAAGCUGGAGAAGAUGCUCACUUAUGAGAACUUUGCGGAGUGGACCAAGCCAGACAUGAUGGACACUGUUGAGGUGCAGGUGGGUCUCCCCAAGUUCAAGCUGGAGGAGAUGUACGACCUCAAGGAGAUCCUGGUGAGCAUGGGCAUGACGGAAGCCUUCGACGCCAGCAGUUGCGACUUCUCCGGCAUGUCGCCCUGCAACGACCUUUAUCUGUCCAAGGUCGUGCACAAGUCCUUUGUGGAGGUGAACGAGGAGGGCACUGAGGCGGCGGGCGCCACGGCCGCGGUCAUGAUGAUGCGCUGUGCCAUGCUGCCCCCAGAGAGGUUCAUGGCGGACCACCCCUUCCUCUUCUUCAUCCGACACAACCCCACCCAGAGCGUCCUCUUCUACGGCCGCUACAGCUCCCCUUAAGCUGACGACAGUCUCCAUCUGACAACCAAAAGACCAGACAUCGGAUGUUCUUCAGAACCUGUGUCUGGACACAUUGUCUAUAUAAUUGGUUAGAACAUGGACAUGAAGAGCCUGACUGCACAGCACUAAGGAAGGUGUAUGUGGCAACAUUAGGAAAAUUAAAAGAAAGAGAUGUGAUGUAGGAACAUGAUGUAGCUCUGAGUAAUACAGGGUUUGGUGAAGAUAUAUCUUUGGUCUGGCUGUGUAUAACCCAAAGCCUUAAUACCGCAAGUCUUAAGGGCCGUUCACACCAAGAACGAUAACGAUAACGAUAACUAUAACCAUAACGAUAAAAGCGUCCACACUGGCCAACGAUAAGAAAAGUCUCUCCUCAUGUUAAUGAAUGUGAUGGCUAAAAUAUUAUGGGUUCUGAUUGGCUGUUAGCUUUUUAUCGUUCUCAAAAUCGCUCUGAAAGUGAUCAACAACGAUAUCGUUCUUCAUGUCGUUAUCGUGAUAGUUUAUGUGUGAACGUUGUCAUUCAUAUUAACGAAAGCGAUAUUUAUUUAUAGUUAUCGUUAUCGUUAUCGUUCUUGGUGUGAACGGGCCUUUACUUGUCACUUCUCACUGGAAAGGUGUGUGAUCCAGAGUGCUUUAAGCGUUUAACUCUAACCUCGGUGUGCCAUCUUGAUGAAGGACGAUGCAACUUGACCACCUUUUUUCAGUUGAAUAAAUAUUGCACUGCAUUUCCUUCCUCUGGUCACAGCAAUCUGCUUACACAACAAAUAAACACAAUCUAUUUAUCA